AUGAGAAAAUGGAGACGGGUUUAUGCAUCCUUGUGCGUCGCGGUAGCUACUACGGUGGUGCUUUCCGCUCUCUCUAGGGAUGUCCGCUCGACCCUCAUGCCGUUCUACAAUGAAACCCAGAAGACGUCGCUACUUUUUGAUGACAGCAGUGAUCGCGUUGGGCAUUUCGAUGGGCUAUUUUCGGAUGCCCGGGCUUAUCAAAACAUUGAGGAGUCAAAUCAACACAGACAAAAAUAUGAAGCGAAGUGCGCAGACGAAAGCUCAACCCAAGAGGAGAUAGUUGAAAUUUUGGGUAGUUGGUAUAGGCCAAGUCUUGAUGGAGAAGUCGCAACUCAACAGUCCAAGCUGCCGGUUGAACCGUGCCGGUUUACCUUUCUAGAUUUUGGCGCCAAUGUUGGAGAUUCGAUGGGCAAACUAGUGGACGCUGGCAUUCCACCUUGUUCGAAGAAAGGCAUUUUAGCUCCACGAAUAGAUCUGGAACAUGGAUUUCUACAACCUCUUCAAAAGGGAAAGGGUUUUAGAAAACUCAUCACCUGGAUACGUACUCAAAUGGAGGAGGUGAGCCGGCAACUUUCGGGCCCGGUUCAACCAGAGAAUUAUUGUUACUUUGGUAUCGAGGGAAAUCCAAUCUUUACAAAUCAUCUCAAUAGAUUACAGCAACGUCUCAUGCUUACUUCGCCGAGACCACUUCGAAGAGUCCACUUCUUCACCGAGACGGUGGGCGCUGCAAAAGACGAGACUACGGUUCUGUUCUUGGACACAGUCAAUGAGAAAGAGAAUUUUUGGGGUUCGUCUACACUCUCUGGACAUAGGGAUGUUCAAAGCUCCCUCUUGAGUGGGAAUGACAAGCGUGAGGUGUCUGUGCAAGGUUUCACUUUGACUCGCCUUCUUCACGAAACAGUCAAGAUGAUGCCUGGUGCACAUGUUAUGGUGAAAAUGGAUAUAGAGGGUGCCGAGUAUGCAUUGCUCAAUGAAGCAUUUGACUCGGGUGCACUGUGCAACACGACUGCUCGUGCUGUCAGGGUCGAUAUAAUUGUUGAAGUUCACGGCGAGAUUCAGAAGCAAAGUUAA